CCGGCCCGCACAGAUGGGACCAUGAGAGCCCUUCCCCGCCGCCUCCCGGCCUUUGUGCUCGGGAGGGAGAGGAGGGAGAGCAGCGAGAGGCGGCGCCGCGGCCCCUGAGCCCCCCGGGACCAUGCUGGCCUGCCUGGCCCGGGGCAGCGUGCUGGACAUCCUGCAGGAGGGAUUCAGCGAGCAACAGCUGCAGGCCUAUGUGGCCUGGGUGAAUUCCCAGCUGAAGAAGAAGCCGGGGGUGAGGCCAGUGCAAGACCUGAGGCAGGACCUGCGGAAUGGGGUCACCCUUGCCCUGCUCAUCGAGAUUGUAGCUGGUGAGAAGCUGAGUGGCAUCGAGCCCAACCCCAGCAGCCAGCAGGAGAUGAGGGAAAAUGUGGAGAGAGUCUUGCAGUUCGUGGCAUCCAGAAAGAUCCGCAUGCACCAGACGUCAGCUAAAGAUAUCGUCGAGGGCAACUUGAAAUCCACCAUGAGGCUGAUCCUGGCCUUGGCUGCUCACUUCAAGCCGGGCUCUGGCAGGGCUGGCAGCGCCGGCUGGGGGGGCAGGGGCUGGGCAGCCCCCCCGGGCCGGCCCCGGCCGCGCUCGGCCGCCGCGGUGGCGCAGGGCGCGGCGGCCGCGCUGGCCGACGUCCGGCAGGACGUCCAGCACUCCGGCCGGGACCUGCUCAGGCACAGGCACAGGAGCAGCAGCGUGGACGAGGAGAUUGAGAAUCCCUGCUGGAGCGUGCGGGCGCUGGUGCAGCAGUACGAGGGGCAGCAGCACGUGCCCCUGGAGCCCCACCCUGCCAGCCUGACCUCACCCAGCCCUGUGCACAGUGCAAAGAGUGAAUCCACUGUAGCCCCCUCCGAGGAGAAGGAGAGGCUGGUGAUCCUCCAGGCUGAAGAAACGGAGCCUAAACCAGAAGAGGCCGAGGCUCACUUCCAGCCCGAGUGGCAGCCGGGGAGCUCUGGGUCCUACCUGGAGAGCUCAUGGGAGGAGCAGCUCCUGGAGCAGCAGGACCACCUGGAAAAGGAAAUGGAGGAGGCAAAGAAGAUGAUUUCGGGUCUGCAGGCUUUGUUGCUCAAUGGGUCUUUACCUGAGGAUGAGCAGGAAGGAUCCUUUGAGCUUUCAGAGCGUGGAGCCUGCCCUGAGGAGCAGCUGAUCAUCAUCCGGAGCCGCCUGGACCAGAGCGUGGAGGAAAAUCAAGAUCUGAAGAAGGAGCUGCUGAAAUACAAACAAGAAGCUCGGAACCUCCAGGGAAUAAAGGACGCCCUGCAGCAGAGGCUGCUCCAGCAGGACGCUGCAGUGCUGCAGCUCAAGCAGGAGCUGCUGAGAGCCAGCAUGGACAAGGAGGAGCUGCACAACCAGAACGUUGAUCUCCAGAGGAAGGUUGAAGAGAGGAACCGGCUCCUGGCAGAGUACAAAAAGGAGCUGUGCCAGAAGGAGCGGCACCUGCAGCAGCAGCAGAGCAAGCUGGAUGAGAUGCUCAGGCAGCUUUCUGAGGCCAGCUACCAGCAGGUGGAUUUGGAGCGGGAGCUGGAGCACAAGGAGGCCCUGCUGGCUCACUGCAUGAAGAGGGAGGCUGAGGAGGUGAUGGCUUUCAGCAGUCACAGUGCCCAGAGCAAUGGCUUUCUGCAGCCAGCAGGAAAAGGAGCUGCUCCCCCAGCCCACCGAGGGACCAGCGACCUGCAGCUGGUGCGGGACGCGCUGCGCAGCCUCAGGAACAGCUUCAGCGGGCACGACCCGCAGCACCACACCAUCGACAGCCUGGAGCAGGGCAUCUCCAGCCUCAUGGAGCGCCUGCACCGCAUGGAGACGCACAAGAGGCAGGACAGGAGGGUGAGGGGGAAAUCGCCAGCAAGCAGAGCAACCAACGAGUGCAGAGACUCCUGGCCCCCCAAAUCCAAGCUGCCUCACUCUCAGAGCACGCCCGUGAUGAGCACCAGUGCCUGCACCAAAGUGUUGUACUUCACCGACCGCUCCCUCACCCCCUUCAUGGUCAGCAUACCAAAGAGGUUAGGGGAAGUGACUCUGAAGGAUUUCAAGGCAGCCAUUGAUAGGGAAGGAACCCAUCGGUACCACUUCAAAGCCCUGGACCCAGAGUUUGGCACAGUGAAGGAGGAGGUGUUCCAUGACGACGACAUCAUUCCUGGCUGGGAGGGGAAAAUCGUGGCCUGGGUGGAAGAAGACCACGGGGAGAAUUAAUGGAGCUUUCAAGCCCUGUUUCUAUGGAAACCUGUGACUGUCUGCAGAGCUCAGAGAGUGACCAAGGAGCCCAAGUGCUGGGAGGAGGCCAAUUCAAGCUGCCAAAAAAGAGCCUCUGUGCCAGCCACGGGUGGUGCAGGCUGUGUGCAUGGACAGCUGGCACCUGAGUGCCCGUGCCCGAGGGCAGCUGCUGUCCUGAGGCUGCAGGGAUGGCUCUGUGGGACAGAAACACUCGGCUCAGCCCUGCCAGCAACGUCCUGGAGGCCUUAAGGAUGCUUUGCCCCCUUCUCCUCCAUCCCUGCACCGUGUGCCGUGGGCUCAGCUGGGCAUCUCCUGUGCUGCUGUCACAGAAAACUGCACUGAUGGUGAAAAUGCGAAGCUUUGCCUUCAUGGAGAAGAGGUUGCUGGAUUGUGGGAGCUGAAGCUGGACCAGCUGUUGUCCUGCAGGAGCAGAGUGACUCUGUGGACAUUGCAGGCUGACAGGACCUGCUCUGGGUGGGGGAAGAGUCCUCUGGAGGAUUGAUGCAUGGUCUGAAACAAAGCUCACCAACCUUUCUCCCAAACUCAGGCUCCCAGCCCUGCUUUCCCCACUUCCCAAAGCUGUUCCCAUUUCCGAGCCCCUCGGGGUUUGCUCUGCAGCUCUGGGGACUGUGGGAUGUUGGAGCUGUUUGUUUGCUGAAGGAUUUCACGGGUGGGGGAGCUGCAAUCAGCUGCUCCCUGAGGUCUUUGCACCACUGUCCUUGCU